UUCAAACAGUUAAAAGUGUGUGGGUCACUCGCUUUGAGUUUGGGUUUAAGGGUUUUGGUUUGUGAAAUCGUGGAGUGAGUGUUGGAAGGAUUGAGAUGACACUGUACCCCCGCAGUUGAUAGUGGGUGGGGUUGGGGGGUGGGGGUCAGUGUGUGUUCUGCUGAGCCUCGUCGUUCGCUUGAACAAACUCAACGAGGCCUCCUGACCACCCUGUCAGGCACGCUUCGAAAACCCUCGGCAACCGCUCACCGACGUUUCGGGAUUUGGAUUCCUGGGUUUUCCAGACGACUAAGCCCAUCUCCACCCCCGGCCCCCACCCCCUCUCGCCCCUCUCCGGAUACUCCAACAUCACAUCCAGUUGGCAAAACAUAUUUAACUCAUUGAAAUUCGUUUUUAAAUUUCGUAAAUCAAUUAUUUUUUACAAAAAUGAUUCGAAUUCAACAUUUGUCACAUUUUUUUAACCUCAGAACAUUUUUUUUUUCAAUUACAAAAUCGACAAUUUGCUGGGAAAAUAAACCAUUAGAGAACUAUUGGUUUGAUAACUUGUUUACGUCGCUUUCGUGGAGUUUCUGAUCAAUAAGCAAAGCUGUUGAACUUCCCCAGGUGCAAUGCCACCUUGGUAACGUCUCUCUCCACCCCAAAUAAUCAAGAGAAGCUAGGGGAGGAUUGCGUGCCACCGGGACGACGUGCGUGCUUUCCAGUCGCUCUGAAAUCCAUUUCCCGGGCAUCCUGGGGCUAACUUAUCAUUCGGGAGUUCGUGUUCAAGUGCGUGGGAUGCUGCAGAGGAAUUGUUUGGACGAACGGUGUGCUGGGAAUGACCCGGGGAGAGUGAGAGAGGUGCGGUGUGACGUUAACAAACGCCCGACGGGUGAUAACGGAGUGGAGAAGCCGGAGAUUGAACCCUGUGGGGUCAGGCAUCUGGGGGAGCCCCAGGAUACGUUAAAGGUUGAUCCAACGGUCGAUGUCCUUCAAAACCGCAUGAACGAGGAAGGCAAGUCUCCACCACCGUACUUGCCUCAAGCCAGCGACGAUCUUCCUUGUACAAGUGAGGAAACGAUGGGACCAAUUGGCCCAUGGGCAACUGGUCGUGUCGUUUUCACUCCCACGGCCGGAAUUACAGGCGUACGACCUGUCGUCGAUCGUUACUCCGUUACUCGAUACAGUCCGGCUGAGUGGAGGGCACAUAAUCAAACUUUUUUUGAUAAGAACCGGAGAACCAUCGACGAGGCACAAUUCGUAGCUGAAAAAACGAGGGAAAAUAACUCUCGAAUUUACAAGACAACUGACACAAUUCAGUUGGAAAAUCGGGACAGACUGAGUAAACGUUCGAGCGUGAUACACCGGUGGAAAACCGAGUUGGAGAAGGCACUGCACGAGAUAACAGAUGAGAUAGAGUUGCUGGAGGGUGAACUGCGUCGUGUUAAGCAGUCCCUCUCGAUUCUAACACUGCCGGAGUCCAUAGCUGGAGAAUUCUUGGACAUUCGUUGUCAACGACUGGAGCCUGAUCUGGUCAGGGAUAAAGUAGAAGAGGAACUGGUCAAAGAAGUUGCCCUGUGCAACGUGGUGAGGAGCACCCUGACAAGGACCAGAGAAUCGGUGGAGUAUCAGCUCCUGGAGUUGAGGACAGCGAAGGCGAGACUGGAGUUCGAUAUAACAGAUAAAUUAGAUGCUUACGAGAUUGAUUCCCUCUGCGUGAGCCUGAGGAAUGAUUCUCCGCUGAUUUUGAUGAAACCAGGAGCCACUAGAGUACCUCCAGAGCAAUCAACUCCAGAAAGCUACGAUCACUUCACCUCGGAGGCCCUGGCCAAUGCUGAGGCUGUCAGGCAGACGUCUAUUCACCUCAGGAAGACCCUGAAUGACAUCUACGUGAAGGCUGUCAAGGAUCUGAGGAGUCAGGCCAUGCAGGUGGACAAGGAAUUGGCAGAGAAAGUUAGCCAGACCGAGCAAGUGUGUCAGCAGCUGGAGAAAGAACUUUCAAAGUGUCUAAAUCAGCUCUCAGCGACUGAAAAUUUAAUUGAAGAAUUUCGAGGAGCUGCCAAAGGUCUCAAUGAAGCAUUAAAAGUGGCUCAGACUCGUCUUCACGAGCGAUUAUACCGGAGGAAUGUCGAGGGUUGUCGAGACGAACCCCAAUAUGGAUUGAUCGAAGAAGUGAAGACAAUAGGAGAAAAUCUAUCUGUCAUGUCGGGACAGUUAACGAGGGCUGAGGAAACUCAGGCGGAUCUAGUAAAAUCUCGAAAUGACUUGGAACGCGAAAUAUUUGUCAAGAGGAAAACACUUUUUGUCGACAGAGAUCGUGGACAAUUGUUGCGCUCCUACUACCCCUCAGCAGAGGCAUUAUCCGGUCUCGUGUAAAAUCCACCACCAGCACUCUCACCUCAAAUCGCUUACAAUGGAAUUUUUUAAUCCCUGGGAAUCACCUUUUAUCACUGCUCUCUUAUGGUUCUAUUCACUGGAGUUUUCUGGGCUCAUACAUUUGUGGUU